UAAUUGAUUAAAAUUCAUAAUUCAUAAUAAUCGGAGUAUAAUUGAUUAAAACUUUGGAUAAUAGUAUAAUACACCCCUUGAUUCUUAAACCCUCUUCAGCUCCAUCUGCAAUCCAUGCCUAAAUCAUCGUUGAGUAAACCCCAUUUAUACAAUCGUCACUAGAACCCUUCUCAUGGCGGCCCUCAACAAUUGUCAAGAAAAUGAGCCUCAUACAAGGUAAAAAUCUAAACUUAGAUAACUAUGAAGCUUCAAAGCUGACCCUUUUGUAUGUUUUUAGUAAAAAACUUCAUACUUAAUCCCAUUAGCUAUGUUACAUUUGAAGAAACAUAUAUUAAGGUCUAAUCUUGAAUGGGUUUGCUUUAAAUUGUCUAACAACUUUGAAUCGUCAAAGAUUGCUUUUCGGCUAUCUGGGUCCUGGCAGAUUGUUCAAAACCCUAGAUAUUAUGGUAAGAAAAGAGGCAACAGAAAUGAGGAUGGUACAUUAAUUUGUAGUAAGGCUUGUAGAAAAGAGGCGCAGACUGCUUUGUUAGAAUAUUUGCACUCCACUAGGAGUAUACAGUUUAUGGAUGCUGAAAAUAUGAGUAAGAAUUCACCGCAGUUUCUUGAAAAUAUUUUGAAGAAAUUUAGUGACGAAGAAAAUAUUGGAAAAUCGAUGACUCGAUUUUUGAGGUACCAUCCGAUAAAUGAGUUUGAACCCUUUUUUGAGAGUAUUGGUUUGAGUCCUAAAGAGUACUCUUCGUUUCUGCCGCGCAAUGUGUUUUUCCUAAAUGAUGAUAAGUUGUUGCUAGAGAAUUACUAUGUGUUGUGUAAUUAUGGUAUUGCCCGGAAUAAGAUAGGGAGGAUUUAUAAGGAAGCUACGGAGGUUUUUCAGCAUGAUUGCGAGAUUUUGCAAUCAAAGCUAAAAUCUUUUGAAGAAUUGGGGUUUGAUAAGUCUAUCGUCAGUGACAUUGUUGUUUUAAACCCGUAUCUUCUGUUGGAAAAUAUUUUUAGGGAUUUCUUGAUAGCAGUAGAAAAGUUGAAAACUCUGGGCAUUGAGUGUGGUUGGAUUAAGGAACAUUUGUUGAAGGGGGAGACUUUCAAUUGGAGACAUGUGUAUGAGAUUUUGUUCUUGUUACUCAAAAUGGGUUGCAGUAAGUUGCUAUUCCCAAAAAUUUUGUGCCAGACUCCAGGACUUCUUUUUGAGUGUUCUGGAAGAACAGCCAGUUCACUGAUUGGUUUCUUACUAAAAUUUGGAGUCACUUCUAAUCAGAUAAUUGAUAUGUUUCUGCACUUCCCACAAAGCGAAGUUGGCUUAUUUGCACAAAAUAUGAGACAAUCCUAUCAUUUCCUUGUUGAGGUCGAAUUAAAUGGUCAGGAGAUUGGGAGAAUAGUGCGCACACACCCUGAAUUGCUUGGUUCAUGUAAUUUAAAAAAGCUUAACAGCUUGUUAGUUUGCAUGAAUGUUGGUAAAGCUCGACUUCGUGAAAUCAUCACCAAAGACCCACAAGUUCUAAAGAAUUGGGUUAUGGGAUCAAGAGUGAAGCCAUUGAAACUAAAGAAAGAGAGUCCACAAAAACAGAGGAUUAAGUUCUUGCUGGACCUAGGAUAUGUUGAGAACUCGCCUGAAAUGAAAAAAGCUUUAAAGGUUUUUCGAGGCAAAGCAGGAGAACUUCAGGAUAGAUUUAAUUAUUUGGUCAAUGCUGGUUUGGAUCGCAAGGAUCUAUUAGAAAUGCUUAAACAAGCGCCUCAAAUCCUUAAUAUGUCUACGGACAUGCUUGAGACGAAGAUUGAUUUUCUUGUAAAUGGUUUAGGUUAUCCAGUGUCUUCUUUAGUAGUAUUUCCAGCCUAUAUAUCAUACACAAUACAACGAGUCAAUCUUAGAUAUUCAAUGUAUAAUUGGCUAGUUGCAGAAGGAACUGCAGAACCCAAUCUAGCUUUAAGUACCAUCAUUGCAUGCUCGGAUUUGGCAUUUAUAAAGCAGUAUGUAGAUCAUCAUCCUAGAGGUCUUGAAAUUUGGGAUAAGUUGAAGAGAGAAAUAUAUUCUGAUUGAGAGUCUUACUGUUAUUAUUUAGGUAUGGUUAUAUGUUCUCCUGCAACUCCGUAGCAGGGAGCUCUCAUGCAAUUUAACAUCUGUCGAGUGUCAGAGCUUUUUGUUCACUAGAUUUUAACACACAGAGCUUGAGCCUUGAGCAGAGAAUUUGAAUAAGGACAGGUAUUCCAUUUUUGAUUUAUCAUGAAUUUUAUUUACCAGCCCCAAUAUAAUUAUGUAAAGUUUCAACAAGAUCCAAUAACUCGAAAAGGAUUAUUUUGAAACACGGAAGCUUGUAUGAGUCGAUUUAUUGAAGUUUGGUUUCCCUUGACCAUCUCCACUAACUCACUUCUUCUCUUUGGUUCCAUUUUAGGCCUUCCUAAAAUAUUAGUAAUGAAACACAUAUCUAGCUCGGGUUUAAUUAGCACUUGUUAUUAUUUAUGUACAAUUGCUGUUGAUAUAUAAGGAAAAAGAAAGAUCCAAAAAAUGUUUAUUCAAGAUUGUAUCUGAAAACACAGCAGUCAUUUUAUACCCUUUAACUAUAAUUUUAUAUGAUCUGAAACAUAUCGAAUUAACUAUUAAAGUUGAGGUUAUUAUCUUUAUUCUUUAAUAUUAUAUGUGAUUACUUAUUUGUUAUGCAGUUAGAUUAUCCUAAAGAUUGUUGGUAAUGACGGUUUGAGGACUUAAUUCUUUCAUUUACUUGUUUAUGUUAAUAUUGAUCAUUACUUCUGGUUCCUAAUUAUGUUAUUUGACGUCGAAGUCUAGGUUUUUCUCUAUAUUUUUUUAUAUUGGGAUACCUAGAGAUAACAAAAUAGAAUUUAUGAGCCCCAGGUGCACCAAAAAAAACUCAGCCAACUUGGAAACUUGUAAUUGCUGGUAAUAGCCUAAGCUAUGCUCUUCCUUACAUGAACACUCACAUGGAUGACACUUGUUUUGUCUAAUCACUGUUAGAUUUUAAAGAUAGCUGUAUUCUAUUCUUCGUGGAAGAAGUUCCUCCAUUUUUUGUGAAGAAAUUCCUUAGGAAUUGCAAACAACUGAUGCUAAUAAAGAAACUCAUCUCACUAGCAAUGCUACUAAAGUUGUCCAUUUUUGGAUAAAAAAAUGUCAUUUCACUCACUUAUUGGACCUCAAAUGGCUCAUCUUAUCGCUAAGUGUUGUUGGGAAACCUUUGACCAGAUGUUGAUCUAGCCAAACUAAAACCUUUUAAAUUAACGAUGAUGGGUUCACCUUGACAAAUUGCCAGAUUGUUUUAUAAACUGCCAUCCCCCCUGUAUAGUUGAUAAUUAGGGCACUCCUUUACUGCUUACUACUUGCCCCGAUGCCAACUUACCUGACAAUGAUAGAACCCCUUAUAUUGAUUUCUUUAUUUUACAUGUUAUUCCGUUUGUCAUGGAUCCAGCCACCUAUAUAUAUCUGCUAUUGAUGGUAACCUAUGACUUGAUCCUUUGGCUACUGCAUCUAACUAAGAAACUUAUAAGCUGAUUGUUAAGCAGGUUAAUGGUAAUGAUUUUAGUAAGUUCUUUGCAGAUUCCCUGGACGAAUUAAUAUUUGUUCCUCAAGAAACAAAUCCUGUCAAGUAGAUAACGCCAGAGUGUAUUGAUUUGGAUACUAACUUGAAUACUCUACGAAUCAAGUGGACAUGGAGGGAGAUAAUCAUCCCACCUCCACCCAUGAUCAUCGAAACAAUUGCUAUUCUAGACAUUGAUCUAGAGCCUUUGUGGAGGAAAAUCAACCCAAAGAUUUGUAGAAUCUUGAUACAGGGCAUUAUAUUUGCUUUGCGGUCUCUUGCUUUGCAUAUGCUUGCUCCUGCACUUGCUAUCUCAAAGUCAGAUAUUACCUCCGACCAACACCCAUUUAAACGAGAACAAUUGCUCGUUCACGAGGAAUAUCCGCUACACACUAUUACAACAAUCGAUUUAUCAAUGCAGUCUUCCCGUGAUCAACGUGAGCUAUCACUACCACGUUUUUAAGAUGACUCGAAUCUAACUUGGAAGAGGAAGGAUUAGAGUUGGCCGAAGCGGAUUUCUUUCUGAUUUGAAGAGAUGAAGAUGGGUGGUUUUCUAGUUUUUAGUAAAGGUUUUCUUAAGUAUGAUAACAAUGUCAUUCUUGUUUUUCUCUUGAGACAAGAGAAAUGGAUUCAGUUAGAGGUAGUUUGAUUCAGGUUUAUUCAAAAUCAAUACUUGGUGUUUGGGUGAAAAUUUUCUUAUAUGAUACACAUUUCUUAACCCACCAGGUAUGCUAAGGAGAGAGAGAUGUGGAUAUGUAACAUGGGUUUCAUGAAUCAAUUUUUUUAUUCUUUUUCAUCUCUAUUUAUAUCAUUCCAUGUAAAUUAUUAGCUCAAAAUAAAAUUAAUAACUCAAAAUUUUUAAAAGUAUUAAUUUAAUAAUAA